AUGCGCAUAGAAGGUUGCAUCAUUGGAUUUGAUGAAUAUAUGAACUUGUUGUUAGAUGAUGCAGAAGAAAUUCAUCUAAAAACGAAAUCUCGGAAACAACUUGACACCUUGCCAUUGGACAAGAUCCAUCUUUAUAUCCAGAGAGGGAACCUCUUAUCCAAGGAGCAGCACCCGCUUAAUCCCUUAAGGGGAACUCUGGUUGAUGUGGAUCAUCAUUUAAAGCCCCAAUACCCUUUGAUGACCAUCCACCCCUUAGAGGGAAGUUACCUAUUACCUGGCUUGCCCUGA